AAUGUUCCAUUUCUGCUGAUUGCUGGGGGAACUGACCCCAACACUCUAACUGUUUUAAUUUAAUAACUUGUUUAAUUUUCUGGUGCAAAAUAUCUCUGUUAUGUAUAAAACAACUAUUAGAUUAUUUUGUUUCUGUGUUAAAGUUGUAGAGGGGCUGUAUUUGAAAUGGUUCUGGUUGUGUAAGUUUUGGGCUCUGCUGUAGUUCAGCCAGUGUUUUGGUGACCGCUGUCUCGUUUUUUUUUUUUUCUUAUUUUGUAGCUGAUUUGAGGUCUAGUUGAAGCUUUAGGGUCCUUAUCGCUUCUAAAGGAGUGCUGUUCACUCCGCGGCCGAGUUUAUGAAGUGAUUCUGCUGCUGAUCUCCGCAAGCCGACCCCCGUCCAGCCCGAGAGAUGGAGAACGAUGCCGGGACCCAGACCAGCUCUCCAUCCACCAGUCCGGCUCCUGUCGAAAUAAGUAACACUCUGCACCAAGCUUCCCAUACCGGCACAGUCAUCCCAAACCGGAUCUUUGUAGGGGGGAUCGGUGGUAAAGCUAAGGAAAAUGAUCUAAGGUGUUUUUUCUCUGAAUACGGAGUGAUCAGAGAAGUGAAUAUUGUUACUGAUCGAGACGGAAUAUCAAAGGGAUAUGGCUUUGUUACAUUUGAAACUCAGGAAGAUGCACAGAAAAUUCUACAUGAUGCUGACCGACUUUCUUUUCGUGAUAAAAGGAUAAACGUGGGCCAGGCAUUCCGCAAACAACUGAAAGGACACUACAGCUAUACUGCGGAUACUCAGGGUUCAUCUAUGGCUUAUCAAGCUCCUUUUGGCACCACAUACCUGACCACCCCUACUGGAUAUCCCUACACCUACCACAAUGGAGUGGCCUACUUCCACACACCAGAGCCCAACACACUGAGCCCCUCACACUGGCAUGCUCCACCCCACACGAUGUCUGGAUCGUCCGUCAUGGUGACCCACUCUGCCUCUUCCAUCUGCAUCCCACAACCCUACCACAAUUCACAGGCUUCUUCUCAGUAUGUGCCUGGACACGUGCCAUGGACCAUUCCUCAGGUAGAGGCUUCUUCACAGUAUGUGUCUGGACAUGUGCCAUGGACUAUUCCUCAGGUAGAGACCUCCGUCCCUGUGAAUCCAAGUUCUUUAUCAUGCAUCCAGCCUGCUGAGGUAAUGUACCAGCCCAUGGAGAUGCCAGCAGAGAAUUGGUGUUUCCAGUCAGCCAUGCCAUUAAUGGAGGCUACAAUUCCCGAGGAGCAAAGAUUUCACCCAGUCAGACGAAGCUUCUCCCGCUCUGCGGCCCACUUAAAGCCCAGGUACCACCACGGCCAUCGUUACACUCACCUGCACAAGAACUACCGCCCGGAUGUGUACCAGGCAUUCCCAGCAUCCCCAGCUCCUGCUUCUUCUCCUGGCCUGGAGAUGCCGAUAUAGAGACCUUUUCCCAGCUCCUUUUCUGUGUUCACACUAAGCUCUAACCACACCUUACUCCAAAUCUCUGACCAACCUAACCCUACAGAAAUAAGCUUUUACCAAACACAGACUUAGACCUUAAUAAGUCUAUACUAUAAAGAACAUGCUCUCUACCAGGCCUACACUACAGCUGGUCCUGACUGUACACACAGAAAUACUGCAUCUAAAGACAAUCGAGGUGAUAACAGUCUCUCAACCAGUAAAUGUGCCUUAAAUAACAAGUAAUGACUUUUGGAAAUAACUAUAUUAUGGCAGAUUUAUUUGAAUUUAUAAGCCUGUUGAAUUCAUUUAUUAGGCAACCUAGACUAUUCACUCACUCACUGUUGUAUGUAAUAUCUAAAAUAAUUGUUUAAUAGUAAUAGUAAUAGUAAAACAAGAAAGAGCACAGUUUAAUCUGUUAAAAGAGACUUUUUGAAAAAAAAAAGAGGAAUAUGUUCCCUCACAAUAUAACCAUCUUUGUAAUGUCAUUGCAGCUUUGCAAAGAUGUCAUGGAAGUGAUAUUAUAAAAAAUAAAUUUUACAUUUACUAAUUUGAGUAUCAAAAAUGACCUUCGAAAUUAACAGUGAAUUCAGCCCUGUGGAAUAUACUAUGCAUAAAAAAUGAAAAUAUCUGGGUUACAAUAUAUUCAAGAUUUGAUUGUACUUAAUGUUCAACUUAAUGUUUCUAUUCUUAAACCAGUGGUCUCCCUCCCUCCUCCUGGAGAUUUACCUUGUUAGAGGUUUUAGCUCCAAUCACAUCAAACACAAUACAUUUCACAUUUACAACCAAGAAGUUCUGUACACAGAUAUCAAAUCGAUCUGGUGAGGUGGAUUGAGGAAGAAAUGAAAGUCUAGUAGUUCUCCAGGAGCAGGGUAAAGACCACUGGCUUUUAAACUCACUGUGCUAAACACAAUGUUGAGUAGUGCAUAGAAAAAGAUGUUCAACUACCAGACAUUCAGUAAAUGCCAAGUUAGCCAGUCCAUAUGUUUACUAAGACAGAUUCCAUAAACUACCAGUGCCUUCAGGAAAUAGUGCACAUGCUCUGGAUGUUACUGCUUUUCUACUUUUAUACAAAAAGAAUGAUGUCAUCGCAUUCUUUUUUAUAUACUUUAUAGUUUUUAAGUAACUCUCGAUAUUGCUAUACAAUUUUCUUACAUCACUGCAGUCACACUAAUCUAAGAUCAGCUCCUCCAACCAACCACACUUACAUAUUUAAUAAAACAAAUUAAACAAUCUAUCUAUAUGAAAAAUUAUAUCUGCAUAUAUGUAGUCUGUCUUUUUAGCAUUCCGGUUUAGAAAUCUACUCAUUCUGACACAAACAACUAUCAUCUGUGUAUUUGUGUUUUUAUUUGGACUGACCUAAACUGGAACUGUCGUUGUUUGCUGUAACCAAAAAAAUAAAAGUGAAAUUCAGCUUAAAAACAUGUUUACAACUAGGCUUUAAACUUAUAGAUUCUCUCUUGGUUUGUGGGAGAAUUUUAUUUUUAUUCAAUUUUGUUGUUACUGUAGACUUUUGAUAGUCAGUGUUGAGUCGUGUUCUGUUAAACAUUUCCAGUAUUACUAUAAUUGAACAUGUUUGUUUAAAAUUUAGCUCAGCUUUAUUGCUGGGACAUGUUUACUUCUUCUAAUGUUGGUUGUUAAGUGUUGUUGUUAAUAAAAAUAGUUUUGAUUCAA